AUGGGUUUGUUAAACAAUAUUAUAGCCUGUUAUGUUUUAGCUUUUGCAUUAGUGUGCCAUGGGUCUUUACUUCUUUGUAUUCAUUAACAAAUAAAUAAGCCAAACACAAUUCCUUUAAAUGAAAAUAUCGUUUAAGCCACAAGCAAUGAAGAUAAUAGCUAAUAUAAUUGCCCAUAAUUUCCAGACUAGUUAGUUACAUAUACAAAAUUAUGGCUUGAUAAGAUACCCAUUUAAAUGAUAUAAGCAUAUUUAGAAAUUUAUCGCUUAGCUGGUACAGAAACAGUUAACUUUUUAAUUUGGUUUGGGACUAUAGCCUUAUUAGGAGAUAUUAUUUUGUUGAUCUAAUAUACAAUUUUAAAACCAAUAAAACUACUUAAAUCUAUACUUGGAGCACUAGUUAGACUUGCAAUUAUAGCUUUUAUAGUCCUCUUUGUGAUUUACUGUCUUUCAGAGCAAGGAAUUCUUCCAAAGUACUAAUUUUUAGAGGAACUCGAGUUUCUUUAGCUUAAUAAUAUCUAUCAGAUAGUGGAAUCUUCUAGCAGAUUAUCAAUUAAAAAAAUAAAACAAUUACUCAAAAAAUACAUGUGA